GCUUUUAACUGGACACCUUUAUGUGAUGGAGUUUGAUGUAUUUGAAAAGCUAAGUGAGCUGGAAACGCGAAUCUACGUGCUUGAGAAAGAGUUAAAAGAAAAAGAUGCAGUUAUCCAGGAUCUUAUGACUCGCAAUGCCCAACUAGAACAAGAACGCAGUUCCCGUAACCCAUCUUUGCUCUCUGAAGGUGAUGUGGAGAAGUGCGAUUUGGCUAGAAUCGAGAGUGGCAAAUCUAUUGCUGACGCUCUGAGGGAGACAUCUGAAACUGCUCUACGUCACACUGGUUAUAUGUUUGAUGAGCGCACUGGUCUGUAUUUUGACCAGAACAGUGGUUACUAUUAUGAUCCAGAUAAUCGUCUGUUUUUUCAACCAGAAAGUGGCGUAUACUACAGCUACAACUCAGAGACUGGUGAAUACACGUACCAUUCUUCAGUGGACAGUGCACGUUGGAAGGCUCAGUAUGCAUCUCUGCUUUCUCAGCAGCCUCCUAGUGAAGAGAAGAGUAAAACGUCAGCCAGAGAUCGUAGUGUUCACAAGCGUCCUCAUCGGUCCCGUCGUAGUUCCACUCCUUCGGACUCGGACAACAGCACUGAACAUCGGGUCAGACACGGGCGGAAACAGUUAGAUUCCUUUCAAUCAAAUGAAAAUUCUCCCCAUCUGGAAGCUCGCAGAAGACAUAGAAAGCGCCGUAAAAGUAAUUCAUCCUCCUCAUCUAUUGGCGGAGCAACGCAUAACUCCCCGGAAGUGUCACAAGAUUCGGACAAAUUAGUUCUUGAGGCAAAGCCAAUAGUUUAUCCUCCUGGUGUGCGUUUGGUCGUCCUGGCUUCCGCCUACACUGAGUUGGGCACUGUAUUUGUCCUUAGUAGCGACGAAUCAUCCAAAGGCUGGGGAUGCAUUGGCCGCAAUCCCACCUUCUGUCCUUCGGUUAACUUUCCUGACGAUCCUGCUGUUGGUACCAUACACUGUGAAGUUAUCUACGAGGAGAAUGCAGACCGGUACGUCUUGCUUGACAGAGAGUCAUCUUCUGGUACUUAUAUCAACGGCCAAGCAUUGGAAAAGCGCGUACCGUUCCCUCUUCGCCACGGUGAUGUGCUUCGCAUUGGCUCCUCUCGCCUGUUAGUGCACAUACACCGCGGUCCUGAAACUUGCGGCCAGUGUGAUUCCGAAUUGGUAAAACUUACCAUGCGUUCUAUCGAUUCCAAAGAGGAAGCCGCAGGGGCUGAGCAUGAAAAUUCAGCCUCCAUUGAGGAAAAAGACUUGGACAUCUUAUCGGCCCGAUUGGAUCGUGAUGCCCAACGUCGUAAAACACUCAAUCUACUGAAGGAAAAGUAUGGAAUCAAGAACUUGUCUCUGGAUCCUCUACGUAAAAAAUCUACCAUUUACAUUGAUCGUGCUGCACGGCGUCGUGCUAUAGAGGCCAAUUUAAAAGCCGCUGGUUUUGUCGAAACUCCCCCACGUGUUGUUCCUAUCGAGCAUCAGGUUCGCAACGUCGACAUAAUCCAGCCUGUUGUUGCGGGUGUGUCUGUACCACUUGGAACGGACAACCGGGGUGCAAAACUUUUGGCGAAAAUGGGUUGGAGUCCAGGCCAAGGCCUAGGGAAGGAUAGCUCUGGCAUACUUGAACCUGUCUCUGUCUCUAAGCGUGUAAACGCUCAAGCCGGUUUUGGUUCUCGGGACGACAGACGUUCUUCUGGUGCCAAUUCUUCUUCAGACUCAAUCUCACACCACUCGCCCAGUGCUCGAAUACGCGCAAUCACAAGGGAGCGAUACAAACAACUCGAAUAAUCUAUGUUCCUUAAACAGAGUUUUCUACGUUCGUUGAUUUUCUUCUGGGAAGCGCGAGCUCAGGGAGGUCGCUUUUCCAAUUUUCACCUCCUAUAUGCUAUGGACAAACAUAAUGUAUACAUUCUGUCAUAUCUCCUCCCUUUUUCUUGAACUGGUUCGAGAUGCCAUCAUUUUUCCAUCGAUUUCGCUUGUUUCCUUUGCUGUACAGUGAAAUGCUACUCGACUGAGUCUCAUGGUGAUAUGUUGGAAUAGGUCCUGUUACGGUGAAAUGAAUCAAAUAUUGAGCAUGGUCGCUGAAUAGUGCACCGUUGCUGUUAUUUCCCAUUGAGUAUUACUCUUACCUCCUUACCGUUAUACGUGUCUUUGCUUUCCUUACUUUUUCGUUUGCUAAUCGAAUGCAUAGGACCAUCCGUCAUGUAAACAGCGUUUUCUUUUAACCCAACUAACCACUAAAUUUUUAACAAUUUGUAAAAUAAUCUCUCCCUCACUCUUUCACAUAUAAAUAUAUGUAGAAAUCUUGAGGUUUCCUUUCUGCAUUCGACGAAAGUAGACGUUGGACCCUCUACCCAUUCA